UUCGGGCUGCGAAACAAGAUGGCGAACAGUUCAGGAGAAUGUCCAUCGUUGUAUUCCUCCUUGGAAAAGAUCUAUUUAGCAUCUACAGAUAAAGCAUUGUCGAGGUAUGAGAAGAUCAAGGAGGCAUUUCAUAGCAAGUUUGGCUGUUCUCCAGAGUUCUAUGCAAGAGCCCCUGGAAGAGUAAACAUUAUCGGAGAACACAUAGAUUACUGUGGUUAUGGAGUGUUACCAAUGGCUGUAGAGCAAGAUAUUGUGAUAGCAGUGGCAGCUAAUGACCAAAAAAUGCUUAACAUAUCCAACACAUUUGAAGACUUCCAGGAUUUCAGUGUGAGCUGUGAAGAUUAUAAGAUUGAUGGAAAGGAAUGGUAUCAUUAUUUUCUCUGUGGCUAUAAGGGGUUAGUGGAUCAUAUGAAGAUUGAAUCUCCAGUUGGAUUGAACCUUGUUAUAGAUGGAACUGUUCCAAAGAGUGCAGGGCUUUCAAGUUCAUCAGCUUUGGUUUGUUGCUCAGGUUUGGCCACACUCCAUGCCAAUGGGCUCAAGCUUAGUAAGCAUGAACUUGCUGAGAUAUGCACAAAAUGUGAGCGCUACAUUGGGACUGAAGGAGGAGGAAUGGACCAAUCCAUUUCCUUUUUGGCUGAGCCAGGAACAGCAAAGCACAUCGAGUUUGAUCCAAUAAGAGCUUAUGAUGUCACUCUUCCAGAAGGCAUUGUGUUUGUGAUUGCGAAUAGCUUGGUGGAGAUGAAGAAAUCUGCGACGGCUGGCACGCAUUUCAAUGCAAGAGUAGUCGAGUGUCGUCUAGCAGCAAAGGUCCUGGCGAAGGAGUGUGGACUGGACUGGAAAAGUGUUCGUCGUUUGAGCGAGGUACAACAAGGCGCGGAAAAGAGCUUGGAUGAAAUGGUUGCAAUGGUGGACUCAUGCCUGCAUGUCGAGCCGUACACGAAGAAAGAGCUAUGUGAAUACUUUGCACUUACGGACAAGGAGUUAGUGAGCCAAUGCAUGAGUCCUUCAACAGCAGGAGUCACCAGCUUCAAGUUGCACGAUCGAGCCAAACACGUGUAUUCUGAAGCUUCCAGAGUGCUCAAGUUUAAGUCAGUGUGCGAGGAAAAACCUGCUAAUGCCGUCCAGGUCCUGGGUGGUCUUAUGAAUGAGAGCCAUGAAAGUUGCAGUAAGAUGUAUGAAUGCAGCUGUGAAGAACUUGACCAGUUGGUACAACAGUGCAGAAAAGCUGGAGCCGUUGGCUCCAGGCUCACAGGAGCAGGAUGGGGCGGUUGUACAGUGUCCCUGGUGCCGAGUGAUGUCCUCGACGACUUCAUGAAACAAGUGCAUGACGGAUACUAUGCCGCUGACCCAGAAAGGCUUAAAAGGGUUUCUGAGAGUCUGUUUGCCACUCAGCCGGGAAGUGGUGCUGCGAUACUUAAACUGAACUAGUAUAUUGACCUAGAGAAAAAAAAAGGGUUAGUAUAAAAGUCUAAAAUAAUAAAUAAUUUGAGUAAUGCAUAGCGAGCCAUUUAUUCAAGAAAACUACAUUCUAGUUACUUGUGGUUAUUUUUCAGAGGGAUUUUAAAAGUGAAAACGUAUAAUUCGUGCAAAUAAUCUAAACUGCAAAUUUCAACCGUAGUUUUCAGUCAGGUCAGCUGAUUGUUAGAAUUUUAUUGACUAAAGUGAAAAGGUCAGCUGAGCUACCCCUGGUAUUAGUUGCGGAAUUGAAGUUCAGCGCUUUCACUAAAAAGAUCUAAUUGUAUAUUCUUCUAAUUGACAACUUCACAUCGUUCCUCUGGUUAGCCUCGACAAUUUUUCGCUUUUUUAAAGGCAAUUUCCCUCUGUUCCUCAUUUCACUAAAUUCCUAUGUAAUUGACAUUAGGGAAUUCCGUGGCAUGUUGAUGAUCAGUCAUAAGAGUCCAAUUGUUAAACGGGUUAACAUACACAGAUAACAUACACAGAUAAGUUCGCCAUCGCAAAUAGGAGAGUACAAGACGUACCCACCCGCAAUGCUUUGAGUUAUGAUCGACUUGAGUCAUUUAUUCAUUGAUUGACGAAAACUUAUCUUUUGUCUGAGUUCUAUCUGAGCUCUGCCGCAUAUAUAAUUAGUGGGGUUAAUGAAGAACUUACCACUGAUUUCACCCUCUACAUCCUAACAUCAGUAUGCAUAUUCUCCAUAGUCUUCUCUAUACAUUUUCCAAAGUGCUGACAAGGAGAAGCUGUUUAACAAGAAAGAGCUUCUCUAGUUGGUGAACGCUUCUUUUAUUGUAGUGACCUUAAUGUUUGAUUCAGGGGUGAUGGGGUCAGGAGGAAUUUCAGUGUAGAUGCUAGUCACUGCCAGGGGUCAAAGGUUAACUCAAGACCAUUUUACCUUUUAUUUUUGUUGAGUAUUUGCAAUUUACAUAUUUGCUGCAUUAGCCAAUCACGACACACUUAGUAACUACAAAAGAUAACAAAUCAAAUUAUUUUGGAGUC